UUUAACCGUUCAGAAUUCAACUCAUAUAUCCUUAUCAAACUUAUUUAAAUUACCUACGUAUAUUGUUACGAAGAUCUUUUAUAGAAUAGAGGCAACUAUUGUAUAAAGUUAAUUUUAUUUAUUUAUCUACCUAUACAGAAAAUUUGUUUAGGGUUGUAAAAGUUUUCAGUCUACCAUUAUAUGAUUAAAAAAUAAGAAUAUAGAUUAUUUCUUCGAAAAGUCAUCAUUUCUAAUUGAUAAUAGAUAUUAUCGACAUAAUAAUAAAUUAGUACAUUUAAAUUACACGAUUCUUAAGGUGUUAAUAAAUAAAAUAAAUAGAACGCUUUAAAAUCACAAUAACAUUUUAAUUAAAUUACUACAUGGAAAUAACAUGUACUGAAUACGAUAAGAAAAACAAUGACAUGAAAAUUUUAAUUCAAUAAUAACAUUAGAUAAAUUUUUAACGAAAUAUAGUAGUCAUGUGUGUGUAGAUUAAAUUAGGUUAUUUUUGUGCUGUUAUGCACAAAAAGAAUUGUUGUUUUCUUUUAUUGCAAUUUAAUAAUUUUCAAUGCGUGGAAUCCAAAAAUGCGCCUUAACUUUAGAAAUUUAGCGGUUCAAAAAUUAUGCGUAUGUAAAGUUGAGCGGUUUUAGCGUAUUUGAUAGUUUACUUUCAUGCCAUGGUAGCUUCCAUCCACGAUUCAUCCAAUGAGUGUAGUUUAACCCAAAUUACUAAAGUUAUCAUAAUAUGAAAUGACGUUAGAAACAACGGAUACGAAAUUUACUUUCGCUAUGUCUUUAAUAGCAGGAGGAUUGGCUGGGACAUCUGUCGAUGUAAUAUUGCACCCAUUAGAUACAUUAAAAACACGUUUACAAUCUAAGCAAGGAUUUGCAAAAUCAGGAGGAUUUUCUAAUCUUUAUAAAGGAAUUCUUCCUGUAAUAAUUGGAUCUGCACCAAGUGCAUCAUUAUUUUUCGUCACAUAUGAAGGUAUUAAAAAUAUAACGCAAUGUAGAGUACCUGAGAAAUAUCAUUCGUUCCUUCACAUGGGAUCAGCAUCUUUAGCAGAAAUGGUAGCCUGUUUAAUAAGAGUACCUAUGGAAGUAAUAAAACAAAGGAGACAAGUUUCAAUGCUAGAUAGACAAGAUAUUAAUCUUAGAUUAUUAUAUAGUUGUUACUGGAGCACUGUAUUAAGAGAUAUGCCUUUUAGUUUAAUACAAUUUCCAAUGUGGGAAUACUUUAAGAAAGUUUGGAGUUUACAUGUUGACAGAGAAAUUCUUCCUAUAGAAAGUGCAAUAUGUGGAGCAAUUGCAGGUGGUAUUUCUGCUACUGUUACUACACCAUUAGAUGUUAUAAAAACAAGAAUAAUGCUUUCACAUGGAAAUGGAAAUACUUCAAAAUUAAAAAUACUAUAUGUAUUAAAAGAUGUAUAUAGAGAUAAAGGUUUUCAUGGACUUUUUGCUGGUGUGGGUCCCAGAGUAAUGUGGAUAAUUAUGGGAGGAUUUAUAUUCUUUGGAACUUAUGAAAAGGUAAAAACUAUAGGAAUAAGAUAUUGCUUAUAUUUAUAGAUUGCUUUUAUAGAAAAUUACAAACAUCAAUGAUAUUUGUAAAUAUAGUUUGAAAUAUAUGAAUAACUAUUUGAGCAUUUAAAUUGUAUAAUUUCUUUAUUAUUUGUUGUUACAAAAUAUAUUACAAGAGAAUAUAUAAAAAUAUAUUUUACAUUAAUCUUUAAAAACUGUAUAAACGUUUUAUACUUAACAUUAAACUUUAAAAGAAAAGUAACAAUACGAAUAUUCUAGUUUCAUGUAAGAAUAUUCUAGAUUCAGUGUUUCUUAAAAAUAGGAAACAUUUGAUUCUUAAAGUUUAGACUUUAAUAGAUUCAUUAAUUUUUCCAAUUUCAUUGCUUUUUGAAGGUCUCCACUAAUUCUCAAUUUUCCCAUUACAAAUGCUGAUGUCGGUUUCAAUUUUCC